AAGCGAUAUUUGCUUCCAAAAGUCGCUUCACGUUCGAUUGUUAGGAUGAGGAAGAACUUUCUUGUUCUUCUGCUCUGUCUGUCUUUUGUUCGCUGUGAAUCGCGCAGAGUAACGGAUUAUGGGGAUUACUUAGUACAAGAUUACGUUGAUAUUGAUGCUAGCAUCCCGAGGGCAGAGGAGAAUUUAGGUCUGUUUGAAGGCGAUAUCGUCAUCGAUGAGGAUACCGAAAGAUAUCUGACAGGUGGAGGGAUCAUGUCACGUGAUGCUGUGGUCUCUCCUAUAUUAUACUGGCCAAAAGGGGUGAUCUACUACAUGUUUGACGAAAAAUUAGAGCCUCUCAAGAUCGAUAUCAUCAAGCGAGGUAUCCAUCAUCUAAAGGAAAGGACAUGCAUAAAAUUUGUUCAUAUUCCAAAAAAUAACACGCGUCAUAAAAGCUAUGUCAGAUUCUUCAGUGGAAACGGAUGUUAUUCCCGAGUCGGCAGAGAUCCCACUGACGUCGAACAAACGAUUUCUAUCGGUGAUGGAUGCGAGAGGAUUGGAACAGUGGUGCACGAGAUCAUGCAUGCUUUGGGUUUCUUCCAUGAGCACACUAGGCCUGACAGGGACAAGUACAUCAAAAUUGAUUGGACUAAUAUCGAGGAAGAGCAUUCUCGAAACUUCCAAAAAUACCCACGAGAUCUGGGAUCUAGCUUUGGCAAACCAUAUGACUACGACAGUGUGAUGCAUUACAGUAGGUUUGCGUUCUCCAAGGACUUGGAUGUCCCAACCAUUAUACCUGCAGAUGGAGAGGCUUCAAUUGGUCAGCGACUGGGCCUGAGUUAUUAUGACAGAGAAGAAAUCAACACGUUGUAUAGAUGCCAUGAGGACUGUGUUGACAAGAUGAGCCCUUACAGGUGCAUAGGUCGUAGCAUACUGGGUAGCUGUGAGAGUCCUAGAUUCCAAGAAAUGAUGAUUGAAUCUUGUCCCAAAACCUGCAAAUUUUGCGGAAAGAGAGAUUCUACGAUCAAAGUUUCAAAAAAGGCGCACCAGAAAUAAAGAAGACGUCUU